AAAAGAAAGGGAGGAGGUGAGAGGGGGAGGUGGAGUGACGGAGAGGCGGGGAGGCGAGGAGGGGAAGGGUUCGGGGAGUGGAGGAGCUCCGUUCUCGGCCGUGGAACCUCCUCGGCCGGCCAAUGGGGGAAUCGAGCGGGUCGGUUUCGGUCGAUGUGGAGAGGAUUUCCCUGGGUGGAGAGGAACAUUUUAUAAAAACAAGACACGGCACAGUGUCUGUUGCUGUUUUUGGAGAGCAGGAAAAGCCUGCACUUGUAACCUAUCCAGAUGUGGCUUUAAACCAUGUAUCAUGCUUCCAAGGAUUAUUUUUUUGCCCUGAAGCUGCAUCUUUGCUUCUCCACAACUUCUGCAUAUAUCAUAUUAGUCCUCCUGGACAUGAGUUAGGUGCUGCUUCAGUUUCUUCCCAUGUUCCCGUCCCUUCUGUGGAUGAUUUGGCAGAUCAGAUUGCUGACGUUCUUGACAUUUUUGGGUUAGGUUCAGUAAUGUGCUUGGGGGUCACUGCUGGUGCUUACAUCCUUACCCUUUUUGCUAUAAAGUAUAGGGAGCGUGUUGCAGGUCUGAUACUCGUCUCUCCUCUGUGUAAAGCUCCCUCUUGGACAGAGUGGUUGUAUAAUAAGGUAAUAUCCAAUCUGUUAUAUUUCUAUGGGAUGUGUGGCUUGGCCAAGGAUUGCUUGCUUCAGCGGUACUUCAGUAAGGAAGUCCGUGGCAGCGCACAGGUCCCGGAGUCAGAUAUUGUACAAGCCUGCAGAAGUUUGUUGAAUGAGAGGCAAAGUAAAAAUGUCUGGUGUUUUCUUCAGUCGAUUAAUGGGAGAUACGACAUCACAGAAGAAUUACAUCGGCUACAGUGUCGGACACUUGUAUUUGUUGGUGAAGACUCUCCGUUCUAUUCUGAUGCCCUCCAAAUGACAUCAAAACUGGACAGAAGAUACAGCGCGUUGGUCGAGGUCCAGGCAUGUGGAUCAUUGGUGACCGAGGAGCAACCCCAUGCCAUGCUGAUUCCGAUGGAGUAUUUCUUCAUAGGUUAUGGACUUUACAGGCCGAGCCAGUUUACAGGCAGUCCUCGCAGCCCGCUCAGUCCAUCAUGCAUCUCCCCGGAGCUGCUGUCACCAGAAAGCAUGGGCGUGAAGCUAAAGCCUAUCAAGACAAGGGUGUCGCUUGACAUUUGAUAGUGGUGGGCAUAGGCAGCCAGCCAGAGGUUUAGAAAGAGUAAAGAUAUGUCCAGCAUUUUGUGAUGUUGAAGUUGUAGCCGACAUGUAAAAAUGUGUACAAGCGCUUUCGACACCUGGGAUGGAAUUCUUUGGGAGUGUAGAUACAAAGGAAAAGAAUGCAGUGGGUGGCAGGGGGAUCGAUAGGGAAGUGAUUCUGUUCCAUUCAUUGUAGGCAGCAUGCCCACCUGUACAUCUUCAUUAUUCAUGAUAAUCUAAUAACAAUAAGAUAUGGUGGUGUCCUUAAUCAUAGGCUUCUGCUUGCUGAUUUCAUAUUCAUGUGAAGUCCACCUACGGAUAUAUUUUAACCUUUUAUUUAAUUAAAGAAAGGGUAAGUAAUUAUUAAGUUGUGAUAUAUCUAGUCACAUUCUCAUUAUUACUAGAUUUAUAGCUUUAUUGUCAUAUACUUAUAUUUAAUUGUUGUUGUUGUUUGCUUUGAAAAACCGACUUUAUGUUUAUUGUAAGGGCUUGAAAGAGAUUGCUUGUCUGAUGGAGCUUAAGAGGUUACAAAGAAGUCAGUAGUUUAUAUGGUGACUUGUUUGGAAUAUAUAUCAAACAAGCUGUACAGAGUUCAGCACUUCAGCUCUCAUUAUUUAUAGCCAUAUGAUCGCGGGUCCCGCCGUUGGUCUGGAUGGCUGGUGACGGCAUUCUCUAUUUCAUUGUAGAAUGCUAUGCAGGAUGGAAAGUUGGAGAUCAUGCAGAACGUCAUAGAUGGUGCAUCAGCCAGAGAUGAGGCUUGUCGUUGGUUGCAGAUAAGUAUGGUGAGAGCUCUUUGUCGAAUGCUUUGGAUGUUUGGCUGAGUGGUUUGUGGUGUUUCUUGGUGAUGUAGAAAUCACUAGGACUAUCUUUAACAUUGCCGGCUUCAAUAUAAAUUAUUCAGUCUGG